AUGGCCGGCAACCGGGAGAAGCCUCGCCAGGCGUGCGACAGCUGCCGGUUUCGCAAGGUCAAAUGUGACCGCGGGCAGCCAUGCAAGAAUUGCCACGCCGCGGACCUGCUGUGCCAGUACCUGUACACCAUCAACCGCAAGGGCCCCAAGGAGGGCAAGGGACGCAGGCAGUCGGAGCUACGGCGGAGGCUGGCCGAUUUUGGCAAGAAUUCGAGUUCCUUUCAGACCAUGAGCCAGGAUGCGGCGCCACUCUGGUUCGGGGAGGUCAGCAGCCGCAGUCCGGAGAGUCCUACGCCAACAUCGGCGCAGGUCAUCACUCAGCAUAACGCCUUGAACACGGCGUUGCCUUUAAUUAAUGAACUGCCCGAGAGACCAGGUCAAGGCAGCUUGCUGUCCGUCUCACUCAUCGCCCACAUCCAGCUCUUCCUCAAAGCCCUAUUCCCCAUCAUGCCCGUUAUCGACGGCGACGAGCUCCUCGCUGACGCAGGCCGGCUGGAAGAGCUGCCCCCCUCACGAUACGCACUCAUUCUUGCGCUCUGCGCCGCCACUAGAAUGCAGUUCGGGAUGGAUAAUGCCCCAAUUGGCGAAGGCCCGGAGGUGGAUAUACCAUCAGAGCCGCAUCUAACAGGCGAGAUGCUCAUCCGCCUUGCCGAGACGUCGCUCCGCCAGUACAACGUCAUAGACGAUAUGACCCUCGACUCCAUACUGACUUCCUUUUUCCUCUUUGCAAGCUACGGAAACCUCAAUAAUCCUCGGCAUGCGUGGUUCUACCUUAACCAAAGCAUCUCGCUUGCUCAGUCGAUGGAUAUUACCCACGAGACAGGGUACCACGAUCUACCCGAUAUCGAAAGAGAAAAGAGGCGGCGCGUCUUCUGGUUGCUCUUUGUGACAGAACGAACCUUUGCCCUCCAACACCGCCGCUUAGUUACACUCCGCAGCUCUAUCGCAAAGCCCCGGAUUAUCGAUUCGGAUUGUCCUAUCGUUAUGAACGACUUCAUCAACCACAUCCGCCUCUUCGAGUCCCUCCCCUGGUCGCUCUACGAGUGGCAGAACCCCAGCGAUAGCAACCAGGUCGAGGACCUGUCGCACCUGUCGCUCGUGCACACCAUCAAUGACAAGCUGUGCACCAUCCAGGCCGACCAGAGCGUCAUCCCGAGCCAGCGCUUCGAUACGCUCAUCACGCAACAGUGGCUGAGGAUAUGCAUGUGGCGCCUCGCAGUCGGGAAGAAGCCGUCGUCGUCGGCAUACAACUUUGGGGCGCUACUGCCGCCGGGCCUGCCGAUCGAUGCGGGCAAGAUUAUCAUGUCGGCGCUGGGAUCUGUGGGCCCGAAAUCAAUGGAUUGUCACGGAAUUGGAAUGGAACAAAAACUCUUUGACGUUGGCGUCAGUCUUGCGGAUAGCGCCAGGCUACCGAGCUGGAGCUGCUCAUCAUCUUUCGAAACCGGCCCUCGGGACCUGCUCUGCGCAGUCAUAGAGUCCCUAUCUACUAUCCGCGGAUGUCAAUCACAUCUCUUGCCUACACUGCUAAAAUACUCUGAAAGCGUCCUGGGACUCAUAGACCUAACCCCCCAUAUCGAUUUCCGGCUGGAAACGCCACAGGGGACAGAAACAGCCACCCCAACUGCUAUUGUCGAGGAUACAUCAGCACAGGUUGAAGAGCUAGUCGACCUGUCAGCCUGGCUGUCUGGAGAUGAAUUAGGCAUAUUAGAUAUGAGCACACCAUUGCUAACCUAG